AUGACUCCGAGUCUAAUCGACGGCUUGCCUCACAACUCCCGCCCAUUAUCAACGUUCGGUAUACAUUGUGGAAAUGGUCGUGAUCUUGGAUUCGGCACGAUUCUCAACUUCCAGACUAAGAUGGUGUUCAUGGUCACUCUGCUCUUCAUCGGCACUUUGAACAAGCAGCUCGCCAUCUGUCAAGUUGAUGCGCAGGGCAAUGUGCUUGAUGGUCAGCAGGGUUCUGGAUGCUACAACCUCAUUCCAGUCUUCGAAUGGAUCAAGUGCUGCAUCGUGUCCAUUUUCUUGGUGUUCUUCGCUGCUUUCCUGCCUCUCUUCUUGCAAGAACUUGUUGAGCGUGAAACUGGAAAAGCGCUACUGCGUCUCGGAAAACACUUCUUAUCAUUGUCGCCCGUCUUUGAGGUUUUCUCGACACAGUUAUACUCUCAAGGUAUCUUGAGCAAUCUGACAUUCGGUGGUGCUCGCUAUAUCGCAACCGGCCGCGGUUUUGCGACGACCCGAAUAUCCUUUAGCAUUUUGUAUUCUUGCUUUGCAGGACCAGGUAUCUACAUGGGCAUGAGGAAUCUGCUGAUCCUUCUCUAUGUUUCUCUGACGAUUUGGAUACCCCACCUCAUUUACUUCCGGUUCUCCGUGCUCUCGUUGUGCAUUGCUCCCUUUGUUUCCAACCCUCAUCAGUUCUCAUUUACCGACUUCAUCAUCGACUAUCGCGAGUUCCUGCGUUGGAUUUGGUAUGGACACUGUCGUCUUUCUAGGACUAUGAUCACCGGGUACAAAAAGAAGAAGCUGGGCUUUCCAUCAGAAAAGCUGUCUGGAGACUUGCCCCGUGCCUCAUGGCGAGCUGUUGUCUUCCCGGAGGUCGUGUGGCCGAUCUGCCAUGCGGCCAUCUUUGUCAUCGCAUACAUGUUUGUCAAGUCGUUCCCAAACGUCAAUGGCCAGCAGAACUCCAGUCCCUUGAUUCGCAUAGCUGUUAUUGCGAUUGGUCCUAUCGUCUGGAAUGCUGCUGUUCUCAUAUCGCUAUUUUUUAUAUCGCUGUUCGUGGGUCCCAUGUUCGACAAAUGGGCGAGGUUUGCUUCGGUCAUGGCUGCCGUCGCUCACCUUUUCGUGCUGCUUGGAAUCGUCUCAUUCUUCGAGUUCUUCUGGUUCCUCGAGCUUUGGGAUGCAUCUCAUGCAGUACUCAGGGUAAUCACUAUCAAAUUUCUCAUUGCAAUCUUCCUGUCUCGUGAGUUCAAACACGACGAAACCAAUCGUGCGUGGUGGUCCGGUAAAUGGUACGGCCGUGGCCUCGGUAAUACCGCGAUGUCCCAACCAGCUUGUGAAUUCAUCAUAAAGAUCGUCGAAAUGUCUUUGUGGAGCUCAGAUUUCUUACUCGGCCACAUCCUCCUGGUAAUUUUGACCCCGCCUGUUCUCAUUCCAUUCAUCGACAAGCUGCAUUCAACUAUGCUGUUCUGGCUCCGCCCAUCCAAACAGAUUCGAGCACCUCUUUACUCGACUAAGCAGAAGAGACAAAGACGGUGGAUUAUCAUUAAAUACACCCUGCUCUAUAUCCUCGCGGUGCCGGGCCUGGCAUCUCUCAUUGUUCUGCCUGCUAUCUUCCGAAAUGAGAUCACGUUCUACUGCACUCUUU